CUCGCACCGGGCGCCAUGUUCGCCGUGAAGCCGAAAGCCGUCAUCGGCUUCAACCUCUACUGCGGCGGCUCCCCGGCGCUGGGCCCCGCCGGGCCGGGGCAGCGCCCGGAGCCCGCGGCCGCCGCGGAGCCGCCCCGGGAGCGCUCCGGGGCCGCCGCCGGCCGCGCCGACCCCCCCCGCGCGCUGAUUGGCCGAGGCGCGGCGCCCCGCGCGCUGAUUGGCUGCGGCGCGACUCUCUGGCGCCCCGAGGAGGAGCUGGACGGCUGCGAGCCCGAGCCCGAGCGCGGCCCCGCCGCGGACUCGCUGCCCGGGACCCCCCCGGGGCCUCCGGACGGGCUCCGCCAGGAGUCGCUGGAGCUCAUCAGCCGCUACCUGCGGGAGGUGGCGGGAGAGGCGCAGCCCAGCGCGAAGAAGCUUUUUCCGGGGCUCCUGGGUGGUCCCGGCCGGCCCGGCGCGGCGGGGGAUGCGGUGAUGGAGAAGGCGCUGGAGACGCUGCGGAGGGUCGGGGACGGCGUCAUGAGGAAACACGAGCUCGCCUUUCAAGGAAUGCUGCGGAAGCUGGAAAUCCAGCAGGAAGAAGACCUGCAGUCGGUGGUGGAGGUGGCUGCCCACGUGUUCAGCGACGGGGUGACCAACUGGGGCCGAGUGGUGACGCUCAUCGCCUUCGGAGCCUUCGUGGCCAAGCAUCUGAAGAGCAUCCAGCAGGAGCAGAGCAUCAGCUCCCUGGCUGGGAUCAUCACAGACGCCCUGGUCUCGUCCAAGAGGGAGUGGCUGGAGAGCCAGGGGGGCUGGGAGGGCUUUGUGGACUUCUUCCGAGUGGAGGACCUGGAGAGCAGCAUCCGGAACGUUCUGAUGGCGUUUGCAGGAGUGGCUGGCCUUGGGGCCAGCUUGGCCUACAUGAUCCGGUGAGGCUGGAGCUGCCCAGGACCAGGACUUUGGGAGGACUGGCUCCCCGGGGCUGCAGAGCUGCCUGCUCCCUCUGAAGCUGGACUUGAGUGACCCGAGGAGGAUCUGGAGCCAUCCCUGGAGCAGCUUGUUCCUGAGGAAGAGGAAGGUGUGAUCCCAGGUUGUGGCUGCUGAUGGAGGAUUUAUGGCUUUGGAAGAGUUUUUCCUCUGCUUCCCUCACCAGGCUGGUGCUGGGGAGCUCAAGUGGACUUUCUUCACUUUGAUCCCAGAGGGAACCAUCUGGGAGCUGCAGCAGCUCCUGCCUGGACUGAGGCCUCCUGGGCUGGGCGAGGCAGCUGAACCUGGAGCAGAUGUUUGAGGGUUGUGGUUGUGGUUUUUUUUUAAUUUUUUUUUUUCUGGAAAUAGCACCUUCUGCUGCUGCUGCUCUGCCUAAACUUGCAGCUCUGUUGUGCUGGAAAUGUGCCAGCCUGCACCUGCAGCCAGGUGCUGCCAGGGAGUGGCAGAGCUGUGCCAGACCCUCUGCCAUGGAGCUGGAGCCCUGCCCAGCCCCUUCCCUCCCUGUGGGGCAGGGGCUUGGAGGGGCUGGGGGUCUUUCCCCCAGCUGUGUCCUGGCCCCAAACAGCCUCUCCUGGCUGCACAGAGACAGCUCAGAAAUAGCGAGCGCAUUUGUAAUUAUGUAAAAAACCCCCCAGUGGGCUGGGGAGGAUGUAGAGAACCUGUAAAUGUCUAUAAAUCUGUAGAAUAUGUGCAUUUUUACAGAGCUGACGAUACAAAAAGGAGGAAUUCAUUCUCAGCGUGGGUGCCCUGUGCUUCAUUCCUCAUGGGAAGCAGCAUUUUUGUGGCAAAGCCUGGACUCCACUCCAGCCUUUCCCUCAAGUACUUGAGCAGCCCAGCCAGGGAGUGUGACAAGCAGCAGUGGCCUGGCUGUGACCACGGCUGGCUGGCAACAGCUGAUGUUUCUGUUUGUUUUUAAUCUUUUUUUGGUGGCUCUUGGAGGGGGUGGGGGAGCUGUGGAAGUCCAUUCUGGCCACUUCCUUCUCUUCCCUUCCUCCUGCUCCUCCAAGCCGUGAGCUGGACAGAGCUGAUGGUUGAAUGUAAAACCUUCUGGGGCUGCUUGUGGCUCACACCUGCAGCUCCUGCAGGUCCCUCAGGAUGCCUUUGAUGCCCAAGGGGCUCCUUGCCCACCCCUGGCUCUGGGGGGGCUGCGCUGGUGGGACAUCCUUGUCCCCAGGAUGUCACCUGGAGCCUGAGCCAGGCCCAGCUCAGCCGUGGUGCUACAGCCAGGCCCUGCUUGUGUGCAAAACAAGCUGUAGUUUGGUCAAUAAAUGUCUUUUGUUCUCCUUC